AUGGCGGAGCGGGAGCGGCGAGCGGGGCCGGGGCCGCCGGCCGAGCUUGCAGCCGGCAGCGGCAUGUGCGAUGUGCGUGCGACUCGAUCCCGCGGUAACCACCAUGCUGUCGCUGCUGGCGGCGGCGUUGCUGGCGGUGGCGGGCGCCGACGGCGUGCGGCCGGCGGCCGUGGCCGUGCCGCGGUGCUGCGCGGGCGGGCGCACGCUGGCCGCCGACGCGCUGCAGGCGCCGUGGUCACGCGCGCCGCCGCCGCCGCCUUCUGCGUCGAGGACUCCGAGGCGCGCCCGUGGGCGCCCCGCGUGUACGCGCCCGCGCGGAACUCCUUCCUCAAGCCGGGCCAGCUGCCGCCGCACUGGCGGCUGGCGGACGGCGCGCUGCCGGCCUGCGCCGACCUGCGCGUGCUGCCCGCGGCCGCGGCGCCCUACGCGCUGCUCGCCAACAACGGCUCCAUCAUGCUGCGGAGCCCGCCGCGCGUGCUGCCGACGACGCGGUACUGCGCCGACCACGACGCCGCGCUCGUGUGCCUCGAGGACGACGAGCGGCCGCCGUCCAAGUGCUGCGGAGCCGGCAAAGUGUACGACGGCGCAGGCUGCGUGCUGGAUGACGUGCGCGCGGCGGCCGCGUGGCAGGAGCUACGCUCGUUCGCCGGCGAGGCGGACGUGAGCGUGGGCUGGCCGGCGUGCCCGCCGGGCAUGCAGUACUCGGUGUCGGGGGUGCUGGCGAAGGCGACGCUGGAAGGCAACGGGUCGCUGCGGCUGGCGAGCGGGCUGCAGGUGGCGGGCGGCGCGUGGUGCGCGGAGGCGGUGGAGGGCUCGGCGGGCGCGCGCGUGUUGGCGUGCGCGGCCGUGCAGCCGGAGAGUCCGCGCUCGCCGCGGCACCUGCUGUACGGGUGCGGGCUGGCGGUGGGCGCGGCGUUCCUGGCGGCGACGCUGGCGGCGGGCUGCGCGCUGCCGGCGGCGCACCACGCGCUGCACUGGCGCUGCCAGACGCAGUACGUGGCCUCGCUGAUGCUGGCCGACAUCCUGCUGGCUGGCACGCAGCUCGCCGCCGACCAGGUGCCGCCCACGUUGUGCCGAGCUCUAGCGGUGUGCAUGCACUUCCUGUUCCUGGCCGCCUUCUUCUGGCUCAACACCAUGUGCUUCAACAUCUGGUGGACGUUCCGGGACUUCCGUCCGACGAGCCUGGAGCGCGGGCAGGAGUCGUGGCGGCUGCGCGUGUACACGGUGUACGCGUGGGGCGGGCCGCUGUGCAUCGCCGGGCUGGCGGCGUUGCUGGACGCGCUGCCGCCGCCGCCCGAGGGGCCCGACCUGCUGCGCCCGCGCUUCGGCGACCAGCGCUGCUGGUUCUACGGCGACGCCGAGAUCCUCGUCUACUUCUUCGGCCCCGUGGGCGUGCUGCUGCUCGUCAACCUGGCGCUCUUCGUCUCCACCACCCGCCAGCUCACCUGCGGCCUCUGGCGCCGCGACGAGGUCAAGUCCACCAGUGAACGGGCCGCCUUGGGGCGCGUGUGCGCCAAGCUGGUGGUGGUGAUGGGCGUGACGUGGGGCGCGGACGUGGUGUCGUGGGUGGCGGGCGGGCCCGAGUACGUGUGGUACGGCACGGACCUGCUGAACGCGCUGCAGGGCGUGCUCAUCUUCCUGGUGGUGGGCGCGCAGCCGGCCGCGCUGGCGGCGCUGCGCUCGGCGCUGGCGCGCUGCUGCCGCGCGCCCGCGCCGCCCGCGCGCCGCCGCCCCGACCGCGCCACGCACUCCUCCACGCACCUGCCCUCCUGCGGCGAGUCGCUCACCAACACCACGGCCGCGCCGCCCUCCAGCGCCGCCUCCGCUUCCGCGCCUCCCGCCAAACUCCCCAUGGAGACCGUGUGUUGAACUCGUGCUGUGCUGUGUGUUUACAACACUUGUGUGCGAGUGACUAGUGACGAGCGAAUGACAAAUGCGCGAGUGACCCUAGUGUCGGGCAGUGCGCGCCGCGCCGACGCGCCGACCUGACAGACGCCGAGAGACGGCGAAUACCGAGCUUUAAUGUACUUCCUCUUGUACUCGAUAUUUAUUGUAUUCUACAGUAUUAUUUUUGUUAACGAUUACGAUUUGUAUGUUGUAUGAUCCCGUACCGUGCCCGUAGAAGGCGGUGCUGUAAAUGUUAUGUUCGUUUGUAAAUAUUUAAAUUGAAUGUCUACUUCGUCCCGCGGAAGUAGUUUUUGAUGUCGUUGGUAAAUCUUGCCCCGAUCGAUUGACUGUUAUAUAAUAAAUAUUAAAAAAAUA